UCGCCCCGGGAUUCGCAAAACUGUCGCUGCCCUACCUUGCGAAGCUGAAGGAGAUUUCUGCCUUGGCGAACUCGACUCGCGCAGCCCCCCUGCUCCCGAAUGCGUCGCGAAUCGACGAUCUCCUUCGAAGCAUCAAGCCCCCUCGCGAAGCCCCCUGCUCCCUGCGCUCGUUCUUCCACCGUCGCUUGAAGCACCGAGCGCCCCCUUCUUUCAGAUCAAGUUAAAGAGAAGGAAAUCUAAAUUUAAAUGGUGCUUGAAAGUGGACAAAGCUCUUCUCAAGCAAAAUUGCUAACCGUCUUAGAAAAUUUAAUUUCAUCCAGAGUAUUAAGGGUGGAUAACUUCUCUAUUCUGCACAGAAGUGUUAACUUAAGGUGUUGACCAAAAAGGAUGGUUCGGAGUCUAAAAAGGCCUAAAAAGAUCAAAAACAAAUCCAAGAAGGGAGAUUCUGGUUCUUCUUCAGUGCCAUCCGCUCCUGCGAAGGUAUGGGAACCCGGAGUAGAUAAAUUGGAAGAAGGGGAAGAGCUCCAAUUUGACCCCUCCGCAUACAAUUACCUGCGUGGUUUUGGCAUUGGGUGGCCCUGCUUGAGUUUUGAUAUCAUCCGUGAUUCCUUGGGAUUGGUGCGUUCGGAGUUUCCCCACACAUUGUACGGUGUUGCCGGAACUCAGGCUGAGCAGGCAUCUUGGAACUAUAUUGGAGUUUUCAAGAUCUCAAAUAUUUCUGGAAAAAAACGUGAUUUAGUGCCAUCUGCAACAGGUGAUGGAGAUACGGAUAUGGAUAGUGAGAGUAGCAGCGAUGAAGAAGAUAAUGUUGGUGAUGUAUCCACACAACCUAUUUUACAGCUGCAUAAGGUGGCCCAUCAAGGAUGUGUAAAUCGCAUUCGGGCUAUGUCACAAAAGCCCAGCAUAUGUGCUGCAUGGGCCGACAGAGGACAUGUCCAGGUGUGGGAUUUUUCCUCUCAACUUAAUGCUUUGGCAGAGUCAGACGCUAAAAGUAACCCUGGUGGUAACAGUAUAAAUCAUGUCGCUCCAUUAAUUAAAUUUGAUGGGCAUAAAGAUGAAGGCUUUGCCAUAGAUUGGAGUCCCGUUGUUACCGGCAGGCUCGUCUCUGGUGAUUGCAACCAUUGCAUUCAUCUAUGGGAGCCUUCGUCCGAUUCAUGGAUAGUUGACGCAAAUCCUUUUGUUGGACACAAAGCGAGUGUUGAAGAUCUUCAAUGGAGCCCAACAGAAGCGGAUGUCUUUGCGUCGUGUUCUGUGGAUGGGAAUAUCUCAAUAUGGGAUGCACGGAUAGGAAAAUCUCCUGCAGUAUCUAUAAAGGCUCAUAACACUGAUGUGAAUGUCAUAUCAUGGAAUCGGCUGGCUAGCUGCAUGAUAGCUUCUGGCAGUGAUGAUGGUAGUUUUUCCAUACGGGAUCUUCGAUUGAUUAAGGGAGACUCCCUUGUAGCUCACUUUGAGUAUCACAAACAACCAAUCACUUCUAUUGAAUGGAGCCCACAUGAAGCCUCUACUUUGGCCGUCUCAUCAGCUGAUAAUCAGCUCACGAUAUGGGACCUUUCAUUAGAAAGGGAUGAAGAAGAGGAGGCUGAAUUCAAAGCAAAGGUUAAAGAGCAAGCUAAUGGGCCUUCAAAUUUACCACCCCAAUUAUUAUUUGUUCAUCAGGGACAGAAGGACUUGAAGGAGCUUCACUGGCACCAGCAGAUUCCAGGGAUGAUCCUAUCUACAUCAGCAGAUGGCUUCAACGUUCUAAUGCCCAGCAACCUUGAGCCCACCCUCCCAUCAGCUUAAUUUUGAAGCCAUUUCCAGAAUCCCAACCUUCCUUAUUUUUAUUUUGCUUCUUUUGCUGAUUAAAUUUAUUUUGUAGUUUGUUUAUGAGAAAUAUGCAUGUUGUUGGGUCUCGGUAUUAGUCUAAAUAUCUGUU